AUGGACGAUCCGACCUGGAUAUUACACCCGCCCGCCAACAAGGGCCGCGAAGCGAUGGCAUACCUGACAUACAUCAUCGCGCACUACCACGACCUACCGAGCACUAUACUUUUCUUGCAUCCACACAGGAAAGCCAUGCCGCAGUCUUGGCACAACGACGCCGAAGACAACGACAACGUCAAAUCAGUCCGCAGCCUUCGCCUCGACUAUGUCCACAAACACGGCUACGCGAAUCUAAGAUGUGCAGAAGCCCCAGGCUGUCCUGACGAGAUCCAGCCAUUUCGGGGUGACCCCGAGCGUAUCUUCGAGGUACCUGUCGCCGACGCUUAUGUCGCUCUCUUCGGAGGGAAUCACUCGACGGUGCCCCGCACCAUCGCAGUGGCGUGUUGUGCGCAAUUCGCCGUGUCCAAGGAGCAGGUCCUGGCGAGGCCCAGGUCGGACUAUCUGCAUUAUCGGCAGUGGCUGCUCGAUACGGAUUUACACGAUCAGCUCUCGGGACGGGUGCUAGAGUAUGCGUGGCACAUAAUCUUUGGGAAGGACCCUGUUUGGUGUCCUGACACCGGGGAUUGCUUAUGCCAACAGUUUGGAAGGUGUGGAGGUUUUGGCUUUUGA